UUUGCUUUUUCAAUAAAUUCAACUUUCUGUUCGGUUUAAAACAAAGAAAAUGUGUGCCUGUCGGUUGUUAAUAACAAGCCGCAGCUUUGCAUGGUUUGUAGUUACGCUGGUCGCAUGCAUGACGCUGUUCUGUGCAAUCGUUCAUCCGAAAUGGCUCAUCGGUCCGGAAGUGAUACGAAUCGCGAACGAGGAAUCCAACUUUACCGUAGUUCGUCAUCCAUCGGUAGGAAUUUACAACAGAUGCAAGCGGAUGGGCAACACGGAGUACAACUGUGGCAAUUUCGAUCUGAAUGGGCUGCUGACGGAUUCGAGCGUUUUCCCGGUGCCGUGGAAAUUCACCAUGUUCCUGAUGUGUGUGGGUACGAUUCUGCUUAGCCUAACGCUGCUCAGCAUGCUGGUCAUCUGCUGUCGGGUACAUUCGUUCUUCGGCUUCAGCAUGCAUAAAUUCCUGUGCAUUUUUCAAGCAAUCUCCGCCAUGUUGGUGUUGUGUGGCUAUCUCGUCUAUCCACUCGCCUGGGAUGCGCCGCGUGUGAAGAAACUCUGCGGCCCGGAUGCUGAACCUUACUCACCGGCCGAUUGUGCGCUUGGGGAGUCGAUUUACAUCGGUGCUAUCGGUGUGCUGCUCACAUUCUGCUGUACCGUGCUGAGCCUCAAGGCAGAAGCCGGUUACUACAGUGCCAAAGCACAGCGUCGCGUCAUCGACGGGGAUGCUCUAGUUUGCAUUGUGUGAACCGAACCAUGGCACGCUUUUGCUUAAACUGAACGAAUCUCGAACGAAUAUGUAUGAAGGUGCAGCUAGAUUACCCGCUAGACAUAGCGGGUAAGCAACUAGAAACAACAUCAAAGAAUGCGGGGAUUUUCCUUACUGUGGUUACCGAAGAGAUAUUUUUUACCAAGCGCUACAAAACGGUACAUUAUUCAGACGGUUCCAGGAACGCAUUUAGCAUUCAUUUGGGAUGCAGACAAAAUUAAACCAAAGUCCAUUCGGUCAUAUAUUCCAGUGAAAAAGUUAGGAAGCUUGAAGCAAAAGUGAAAAACUUUAGGAAGAAACAUGACACUUGAUAUCGUGCGCUCUCUCUCUUUCUGUUUAGUAAUGUUGGGUGAAUCAAUUACUGUAAAUCUCCCAGAAUCUUAAGAAAUAAGAAUUGCAGUAAUGAAAUGAAAUAACUCAGUUUCUUACCAGAAAUUCUUCAUUCAGAAGCUAAACGCUAAUAAUCUAAAAUCAUGGAUUGAUGGAUGAAACUUUGAGGAUUCAUGACUCAUAAAUCCUCGAGAACUCUUGAAUACUUGAGGAUUAAUGAAUAUGUUUAGACUCAAUUAAUGAUUAAAAUGAUUCUUCGCUGAAGUGUCAUACGAAUGACUCCUUUCGAAAGAUUCAUUAGGCACAACACUACUGUUUAAUAUUAUUCAACACUCCUCGAACACACGGUGCCUUCCAAAUGUACACCAGCACAAUUUACGUAUAUGUAUAAGCAUGUAAGUCAUUCGAACUUACACCACGACUCGCGAGUACCGCCCACUCCCAUGUGCCAAGUAUUGUAUGCAUUCGAUGUACUUUUUAUAGGCCAUAUUU